AUGACUUCCUUCCAUAUUUUCUCAUCGCAUUAUCUCAAACCUUCUUCACUCCACAUGUCGAUAAUAUUGCCAGGCGACUCAUUAGCGUCGGAAGUGGAAGGCCAAGCUGAGAUUACUAUUGGUCCAGGCAUAUACAAAUAUCCAAAAUCACACCAGAUUAUCCCACUGCAGGCUGGAAUACUAAAAUCCACUUCUGCCAGUAAAAAAAGUAAUGACAAGCUCUUAUACAUCGAAUCCAAUUCCAAGCGAUACAUUCCACAAGUCAAUGAUUUAGUUAUUGGCUACAUAACCGGAGUUUACGGAGACUUUUUCAAAGUGUCUCUUCAAAACCACUCUGCUCCUGUGCAACUUUCCAUGAUGGCAUUUCCAAAUGCCACGAAAAAAAAUAGACCCAACUUGAAAGUGGACCAGGCUGUAUACGCCCGAGUAAGCGAGGCUCUUCCAGAUAUAGAUACAGAAAUCGAGUGCUUUGACCCGGAGACAGGAAAAGAAGGUGGUUUCGGUUUACUCGAUGAGUCUGGAUUCAUUUUCGAUGUCAACAUGAACUUUGCCCGAGAACUCUUGUUUAACAAGAGCUGCAUUUUCUUAGAAAAGCUUGCAUCCAGGUGCUCGUUUGAAAUUGCUAUAGGGAUCAACGGCCGUGUGUGGAUCAAAUGUGGAAACGGUCUCCAGACAGAUGAGUUCGUCUCGGAAAAAAACGAAAAUGGCGAUGAGGAUGAAAUCAUGACUGAUGCAGCAGCAGCAGAGAUAUCGCUCAAGGAUAUGAGAAUGACAUUGGCUGCUGCUCAGUAUUUAAAGCUGUGUCAGUAUGUCCUGACAGAAGAAGCUUCCACGGAAUUGAAAAAGGCAUUCCGGGGUGUUUUGUAA